UACUAACUUCUAUAGCAUUAACGGAAAUUCAUAGGAAGUCUGAAAAAGAAAAAUGGUUAAAARCGAAGUUAUGUCUGAACUUUCUACCUUUGCAGUCGGACUGUUUUUGUCAACUCUGGUAUUUCAAUCUGAUGCUGAUUGCAAGGCUAGUUACGCCUUUAAACGCCUCUACAAAACACACAUAGAUGCUACACUCUCCGGUGGAGGUUUCGUGGCAUCGUUCACAGCUAGAGAUCAAGAGGACUGCGAAAACAAGUGUUUUUUUUACUGAGAAAGAUAACUGUUAUAAGUUCAACUAUAAUAACGGGACAAGGCUGUGUGGACUGAUGAACCGUGGGGUGACGGGAUCCUACAGGAUCUUAGAAUCUCAAAACAGUAUUGUUAGAAUACGCAAGUGCAGAGGCAGAGAUUGUUACAAGUCUACCCAAUGUUUCCUGCUCGGCCAUAGCAACACAAUCUGCCAGUGCCCUCCCCCCUUGAACAUCACACUUUGCACAAGUGACGGAUGGUUGAAAGUGAACAAUCACUCUGUUUGUUUUGGCGCCAAAGACAACAGCUUCGGAAGAGUUAAGAUCCCGUUUGACGGUAAAAUAACCGGCUUAAAGCUAAAGUACCUGUCUGGUGGGAUCAAGACGGUAGCUUCUGAGGCUAAAGGGUAYUGGGGUACAGCAGGAGGCAGGGUACAUCAAAUCGAAACCGUUGUGACGGACGAAGCAAAUAAUACUAUAACUCCACCAGUGGGCUACACUUUUCACCCYGGAAACAAAACCUAUGGCAUUACAGAUUACACAAAUGUGUCACCGGAAAUCCCCCUCCCGGAGUUUAAAUUGUGGGUAAAAAAUCAAAAUGUUCGUGAGCUGGCAGUUUGGAUUAUUGAGGACUUGCGCAAUGUUGGUGAAKAUGAUAACAGCGGGGAAACAUGCACUGAUGUCUACCUCAAGUAUGAAUAUUGAAAAAAUAUUGCUGAACAAAUAUUAGCAAUUUUAGUUGCAUAUAAUCAAAAGCUCAAAUGUUUAGCUUUCCUUUAGACUUCCUURACUUUGAUUGGAUGAGUAGUACUAGUUUUUAAUUGGAUAGUUUGAGAAGUGUCUUUAUAAAAUUUGAUUGAAUUAUAUUCCCUCAUUUUGAUUGGA